AUGGCCGGAAGCAAGACAUUCAUUGGGUCGAUUGACAAUGGAACGACCAGCUCUCGAUUCCUCAUUUUCGACGCGGCUGGGAACCCUGUCGCGCAGCAUCAAAUCGAAUUUAAACAAUACUAUCCCCAUUCCGGCUGGCACGAGCACGACCCAUUCGAGCUCGUCUCGUCGGUGUCGGAGUGCAUAGACAAAGCGGUGGAGGAGUUCGAGACCCAGGGCCACUCCAUCUCGGACAUCCAAGCCGUGGGCAUCACGAACCAGCGCGAGACGACCUGCGUCUGGGACACCAAGACGGGAGAGCCGCUGCACAAUUCGAUCGUGUGGACGGACACGCGCACAUCCAGCAUCGUGCACCAGCUCAAAGCACGCGACGGCGCCGACGAACUCCAGGACCUCUGUGGCCUGCCGCUCUCCACAUACCCAUCAUGCACGAAACUGCUCUGGCUCAUGAAAAACGUCGACAAGGUCAAGAAAGCGUACGAGGCCGGGACGCUCGCGUUCGGCACCGUCGACAGCUGGCUGGUGUACAAGCUGAACGGGGGUCCGGAGGCCAAUGUCUUCGUCACGGACCCUACCAACGCCUCGCGCACCAUGUUCAUGAACAUCCACAAGCUCGAGUACGACGACAAGCUGAUUUCCUUCUUCGAGCUGGACGUCAAAUCCCCCAAACUCAACCUUCCCAAAAUCGUUCCGUCGAGCCACGCCUCCGCAUACGGCACACUUGCGAGCACGAAACUCAAAGGCGUGAAGAUCGCCGGCUGCCUUGGCGACCAGUCUGCCGCGCUGGUGGGCCAAUGCGGCUUUACGCCUGGCCGCGCGAAAAACACCUACGGCACGGGCUGCUUCCUGCUGUACAACGUGGGCGAGAAACCGGUUAUUUCGAAGCACGGCCUGCUGGCGACAGUCGCGUUCGACUUCUCGCCGCAGGGGAUCAAGCCGGUUUACGCGCUCGAAGGGUCGAUCGCUGUCGCCGGGUCGAGCGUGAAAUUCCUGAUGAACAACCUGGGCUUCUUCCGGGACUCGGCGAAGGUGAGCGAGCUGGCGCGCACGGUGGACGACAACGGCGGCGUGGUUUUCGUUACCGCGUUCAGCGGCCUGUUCGCCCCGUACUGGUAUGACGACGUCAAGGGCACUCUUUGGGGUGUCACCGCGUACACCGAAAAGGGCCACAUCGCGCGUGCGACCCUCGAGGCAACCUGCUUCCAAACAAAGGCCAUCCUCGACGCGAUGGAGAAGGACGCCGGCGUCAAGCUCGAGGAAUUAGCCGUCGAUGGCGGAAUGAGUAACAGCGAUUUGUGCAUGCAGACACAGUCCGACCUGAUCCAGAUCCCCGUCGACCGCCCGAAGAUGCGGGAGACGACGGCGCUGGGCGCGGCGAUCGCGGCUGGGUUCGCGGUCAGCGUGUGGAAGUCGUUCGACGAGCUCAAGGAGAUCAACUCCGAGGGCCGGUUCUUCUUCAAGCCGAAAAUCAGCAAGAAGGCGAGUGACAGGAUGUACCGGAAGUGGACCAAGGCCGUCGAGAUGAGUCGUGGCUGGACGGAUGAGGAUGAUGAGGACAGUGAUGACGAGGAGAAGGGUGAGAAGUUGGAGCAAACUGUUACACCCGGUCAGUAG